AUGCAACACAAAGAAAAGAGUUCUCCGACGACGACGCAUUCAAAUUCCAAAUUCAAGCUUGGUGAGGAUCAUGCAGCAGCGAGAGUAGAAGAAGAAGACUCCUCCUCCUCAUUGAGUAUCAGAAAAGAAAAAGUGCAGUUACAAGAUGAAGAAGAAGAAGAAGGCUUUCAGGAUUCUUCCAUUGAUCAGGAAGGAAUGAUUCAAAACGUUCCGAAUGAUACCUCCAAGGAAUCAUUGGAAGAAGAACACAUGAAUCAGGAGGAGGAGGAGGAUUCGAAUCGAGAAAAGGAAAUUGAAAAUAUUGAUCAAGAGGAAAACAACUCGGCAACUUGCAUGUCAAGAAUGAAACGAGUUUGGAAACGUGCUGGACAAGUUCCUGUGUUGAAGCAUGUCGUGGGAUUUUUGAGUACAUAUGGAGCAAUUUUCCUGUUCAAUCAUGCGUUUAGGUCUCUCUUUUUUAUGAAUUUAAUUUCCGGUUUGGGAAAUUUCUUUUCAGAAAUUGCCAUUGUUAAUUUAUUGGAAACUCGAACUGCAAAUUCCACUCUUUCCUCCAACUCAACGAGUCUUUCUAUUGCUCCAAUGAUUCAUUCUCCCUUCUAUUCUUCCAUAUAUGAUACAUUUUCUCCAAAUAAAGAUGUUGACAUUCCAAAUGCAGACUAUUCUCACGAUGGUGCGUCAGGAACGGCCAUUUCUGGAGUUUUUAUUGCAUUGUUACUUCCAGGAAUAUUUCUAAUGCCAAUUACUGGAAUUGUGGCUGAUUUAUUCGAUCGAAGAAAAAUAUUAUUAGCAAGUGACAUUGCCAGAGGUUUCAUUGUUUUACUUUUUCUCAUUGCUUACUUUAUUAACGGUCUGGAAUGGCUCGUUUAUCUCACUAUAUUUUUACAAUAUUGUUUUGGAGCAUUCUUUGAACCAUCACGAGAAGCUCUCGUUCCAUUAGUUGUCAAACAAGAAGAUUUACCCAUUGCCAAUGCGUUGGACUCUCUAUGUUGGCUUGCAGUGAGUUUUUUCGGAUCUUCACUCGGUGGCCUUGUGGUCAGCUUGUUGGGAAUUCCUGCAAAUUUUGCAUUUGACAGCGCGUCCUUUUUUAUCUCCGGAUUUUUCUGUCUUCUUUUAUUCCAAUACAAACAUCUUGGAAGAAGAGGAAUUGAUGAUAGAAAAGUGGAACCACCAAAGAAAAGCAACAAAGAGGAUACAGAAAUGGAAGGACAUUGA